AUGACUCUCGAAGCGGCUGAGCCCCACACUGAUGUGCCACAGUGUCCUGUGCCACAUGCCAAGGACACGCCGCUCCCACCAGGCCAUCCCGAGAUACCUGUGGCUCCUCCCUCCAAGCUACAGAAUCCGUCGGGCGAGCAUUGCAUCUUCUUUCGGCAACCAGAAGAUGGCCAAAACCUCUCGUCGAUGGAAGUGACGACAGAGAGCCUCACGCCUGACCCAGUGGAACUGCAGGACCCCGAGCAUUUGCUUGUCUUGUCCAGUCGAAAAAGUGCGCUAGCUGUGUGCCAGGCGACGGAAGUCCAACUCAUGCUGGAAGCGCGCUACGGCGGCAACUCGCCAGCGUUUGCCCCCCACGCUGCGGAGGCGGCGGAUACCAACGAAGAAAUCGCCGGGGUUCACAGGCUGCUGCGUGGCUUUGAAGAAGACAGAACAAAAGAACUUGUGCCAUACCAUUUCCCAGUGCGUACCAUGGCGACACUGGGCGACAACAACCAACGCUCGCCGCUGUACGUGAUCGGUGGCGAAGGCCGUGCUAUCUGGACGAAGGAAUUGGAAGUCGCGCUCGUUGCUGGUAGUGUCGAUGCCAUUGUGCACAGUCUGAAGGAUGUACCUACGACGCUACCGGAUGGCCUAGAGCUUGCUGCGAUCCUGGAGCGAGAGGACCCACGCGACGCCCUGGUCGUCAAGCAAGGUCUGCCGUAUAAAUCAAUCAACGAUCUUCCUCGUGGUUCUGUGGUAGGCACGUCGUCGGUACGCCGUGUAGCGCUGCUGCGCCGUGCCUUCCCUCAUCUGAUGUUCAGCGAUGUCCGCGGCAACAUCCAAACACGUCUGGCGAAGCUCGAUGCCAAAGACGGGCCUUAUACUGCGAUUGUCCUCGCGGCAGCUGGACUGAAGCGGAUGAACUUGGAGGAUCGCAUCACGUCCUAUCUGGUCGGCACCGAUAUGCAGUACGCGGUCGGCCAGGGUGCGCUGGGCGUGGAAGUACGUACGCCACGUGGCCCGAACCAAGAGCGUGAUGAAAAGGUGCGGACGCUCAUUCGCAGUAUUUCCAACUGGCGCUCGACCUGGCGCUGUGUCGCAGAACGGGCCUUGAUGCAUCGCAUGGAAGGCGGUUGUUCAAUUCCCCUAGGUGUGACGACGCGCUUGGAAGAUCACGACGAACUGGAAGGCAAGAUGCAUGAGCGGAUUGAGACGCCCAUGGAGCUUGCACAGAGUGGCGUGUUGCCGACGCGCGUGCCUAUCCCUCCCAUGCCGCCUGCAGAGGGCUGUCGACUCACGCUAAGUGCGGUGAUUGUCUCGUUGGAUGGCAAGCAGUCGUGCCAGCACACGGAGACGAUGUUGUGUCGGUCUGCAGAAGACGCAGAGCGUCUCGGUAUUCUUGUGGCGGAAGAGUUGGAGCAUAACCAAAAUGCACGUGGCAUUUUGGAUGAGGUCGAGCACCACCGCCGCCUGGCGGAGGUCGCCGACGAAAAGCGCCGCGCCGCGCAAAACGCUGGCGAGGCGACCCUGGCGGUGCCCGAAGUGGACCGACGUGGUAUGCCGCGCGACGAUGGCGAGCCCAAAGCAUGGGAAGUGUAG